UUUGUGCCGUCUCCGCCGUCUCUCUACUGUGUCUACCAUUAUUCUGCAGAAAAAAAAUCCAAUUUCAUUUGCAAGUUAAUUAUAAAAAUUCCAAACACUCAAGAGCUCCAAAAAUGGCUGGUAAUUGGUGUUUAAUCGAAAGUGAUCCUGGCGUUUUUACGGAGUUAAUACGAGAAUUUGGCUGUGAUGGUGUCCAGGUCGAAGAACUUUGGACUUUAGAUGCUGAGCAAUUUAAGAACUUGGAACCGAUACACGGUCUGAUAUUUUUAUUCAAAUGGGUGCAGAAUGAUGAGGCGUCUGGGCCGGUCUUGCAGGGUCAUGAUAGUCGUUUGGAGAAAAUUUUCUUUGCGAAACAGGUCAUUAACAACGCUUGUGCUACGCAGGCGAUUUUAAGUUUGUUAUUGAACUGCAAGCAUUCUGAUUUGGUACUUGGCAGUACAUUAACCGACUUCAAAGAAUUUUGCACGUCAUUCGAUGCGUACAACAAGGGACUAACAUUGAGCAAUGCAUCACAGAUCAGAGCUGUGCACAAUUCAUUUUCCCGGCAAACUUUAUUUGAACUGGACAACAAGGCCGCAAAUAAAGACGAAGACGUUUUUCAUUUCGUUACCUACAUUCCGAUUGAUGGACGACUUUACGAACUCGAUGGCCUUAGGGAGGGACCAAUCGAUCUUGGACCCGUCGGCGAAGGCCAGGAAUGGUUAAACAGCGUUCGUCCAAUUAUCGAGAAACGUAUACAAAAGUACAACGAAGGCGAAAUCCUCUUCAAUCUUAUGGCUGUCGUUUCGGAUCGACAAUUAAUUUACCAACGUCAAAUUGAUCGUUUAUUGAACGCAUCGGACAAUGAAAUGGAAACCGACACCAUACAAUCGGAAGUUGCACGCUUGCGGAUGAUGAUUGAAGACGAUAUUGCCAAAAAGAAGCGUUACAAGGUGGAGAACAUUCGCCGUAAACACAAUUACUUGCCUCUGAUAGUGGAAUUGUUGAAAAUGCUGGGCGAACAGGGACAAUUGUUACCUAUCUAUGAAAAAGCGAAACAACGGGCAUUGGAACGAGAAACUGCGAUGGCAAAUAAGGCCAAAUGAAACCACUACGUUGCUUUGCUUUGUAUCUCUUUUUUAUAUUAAAUCAAUCCCAAGUGAGAGACUC